UGCUGAAAUCGGUGGCUGAGGCCAAGAUUGGUGGCACCAUGCGCCGACCAUUAGAUCCGGAUCGAUGAUCGGUCCUACGCCGAUGUCUUGGGUCCCGAGUCACCCGUGUCACCAUUGACGUCCAUUUCAGGUGUGAGCGACGUCCUAGAUGUCCCAAUUUUCGAGUGCCUCGGUGGGCUCAAAUGCCAGCACACCGACUGUGGCCAUUGCCACCAAGAGUGGAGCCAAGAUUGUGGGCCCAGGAGGCACCCUGAUUCAAGUGCCGAACCAUUCAGUCGGAUUGAGCAACCACCAGGUCGGUGGUCAUGUGGUAGUGUCCAGUGGUUCGGCCGUUGAAAUGUCCGGCGAAUCGAUCCAAUUAAUGUCCGGGUCUCUGCCUACCUCCAAUUUGUACGUGAACUAUCCUCACACCAUGUGGGAGAAAGACGCUGAGGGAAACCGGGUCCAGAUCAUCAAACAAGAGGACGGCGUUAACCCUGACGAUAUCUUAAGUCAGGCUACGGCCUCCAUUAAGCAGGAACCCAAUGCCAAUGGCGUGAUAAUUCGCACGAUUUCGAAUGCCGAACAAGCCUCGGAAUUGGGCGUGAUGCCGCCCACUCCACAACGAAAACAACCCACCCAAGUGGGCCCGGAUGGCCAACCUUUGCCCCGACCCCAUGUGUGUGAAGUGUGUCAAAAGACUUUCGUCAAGCGAGAGCACCUCACCAAACAUCUGAGGAUCCACAAAAACGACAAUAAGCGCUAUUCUUGCGAAUAUUGUCAAAAAGCAUUUAGAGACCGAUACGAACUGGUGAGGCACACGCGCCGACACACGGGAGACUUCCCGUUCAGGUGCAGUGAAUGUAACAAAGGUUUCAUGCGACAUGAACGGUACAUGACCCAUAUAAGAUGGCACACCGGAGAGCGACCCUAUCAAUGCACAAUGUGUGAGAAGAGCUUUCGCGAUCGAAGUGAGCUCAAUAGACACUCACGUCGUCAUACGGGUGAUUUGCCUUAUAAAUGUGAAACUUGUGGUAAAGGGUUCUUGAGACGCGAGCGCUAUGUCACUCACGUUCGUAUUCACACCGGAGAAAAGCCCUUCGUGUGUGCAGUGUGUUCAAGGGGCUAUCGAGACAAAAGAGAGCUCAGGAAGCACCAAAUCACGCACAACCACUCCGGACAAAGUGCUCCCAUCCCUGGUGUUCAGCCUACCCCUCAGCCUUCGACCUCCGCUGGGACGGGAGUCGGCAAUAUGAACCCAGUCGCCUCUCCUAAUCCGCAAAUGAAUGUUUCCCACACUCUUGGAUCACCCGAAACCAAAACGAUCAUCGUACAGCAAUCGAUAGCCCUUCCUAACCAGCCCGUUCCGAGGGAGCUGUUGAAUCUGAAUGGGAAUGUGCAACAAGUGGUCCAACAAUGCCAAUGCAUCUCAUCUGAAGGCGGUACAACCGUGAGACUAACCACCACUGAAGGCAAUGUAACCACCGCUCAAUUGGUUAGUGUUCCGAGUGGUGUGCUUCAAGGCAUACAGAACGUACCCAAUGGUGGGGGAGGGGGUUCCAAUGUCUCAGUAGCGGUCUCCUCCGCCCCCAAUAGCCACAAUUCCAUGACAGCUGCUUUGCCUAGUUGGAUUCUUGACGGAUCUGGCAUUCCUCCCGCGGGCCACAACCGCGGAAAUCCCACAUCGGCCGACACUACCAACACUACUGUUAUCAUUCAGCAAGGAGAAGGGGUGCAGCCAGAUUCGAUUGUCACCGUCGAGGAUGCCUCACAGGCUCAUUCGGCGGUGUCUUCCUUGCCCAUGAUUGCCACCUCUUUAGACGGCCAUCAGGGCGCAAUACAUGUCAGAAAGGCCGAUGAAGAAGCAGCUGCCAGAGAAUUGCUUCAAUUAAAGACUAUGCCCAUGGCAAUUACCAAAGAUCUGACCAAUGGUUACGUGCUUGUACCUGCAGAUGCCAACGGACACGCAUCUUCUGGGAGUGCCCAAGUACAAAAUGGUCACCAGCGUUUGAUUAUGAGAGUGCCAGAGCUAGGACUUCAUUCGCUUGGAAAUCACUCAACUAAUCUAUCUUCUAUUUCCAUACCUAAUCUGGAUGGAAACAUUACCGAUGAGGGCAGUGACUCGGAAGACGAGGACCUCCCUCCCACAGUGUCGUCCAAAUCCUCGGAACCUGCGUCCUCAGCCUCUCUCACCAUUUCAGAGUCCACUAGUCUUGCCAAGGCGUAUGAGAUCCCAAAUAACAAACUUGACAACCAGAAAAGUGGUGUUGCACAACAGGGGUCUCUCAUAUCGCCCCCUAGAAAUUUGGGAUUGGCCACUAGUAGUAGUCGAACAGUGAUUGUGUCAUCUCCAGCUUCCAAGUUACAGCGACCCGUGAGUGCUCCCAAACGACAUUCAAUCAAGUCGUUGCUUGGUGUUGACGAUGACUCGUCUGAUGAUGAAGUGGCUUCAAAUGCAAGUUCUCAUGAAAGUCGUUUACCGUUAAUUCAAAAUGUGACUGACUCAGGUCAGAGUGAAGUGAAAGCGGGCACCGUGCUCGAUUUGUGCACCAAAACCACCGAAGAUCAUCUACCUUCUGCAACUUCAGCCGCUUCAGCUGUCUCGGUCGACGAGAUGGCCAUUUCCCUAGUUCAAAGUAAAAGCAUUCCAUCCAGCAGUAUUGACUACAAGAGCACAGGAGACUCUCCGCUACUUUUGGAGCCAUCUCAAUCCAAGAAGGAUCGUCAGUCACCUCCCCUCUCGAGUCUUGAUUUGAAAGUCGAUGCAACAGAAAUAGGUCCAAGUUUGCCGUCAAGUGAAACCGUUGUUCUUGUUCAAAGAAAACUUGGCCUCAAUGUUAAAUGUGAGGCCAAGUCAUCUGAGACGACCACUGUCGUUUCCGUCGGAGAUUUGAACGCCACAAGUCCUGAAAGUCCAGAGCAGAUUAAUCAAGUUAUUACCGAGGAGCCACAGAGUCACGAAAACAAGCCCACUUCGUCUGAAAAUGAAAUUGAGUUAGGAAGCAAAGAAGUUCAAGAAGCAGCGGAAUGUAAUGCUGAUAAAGACGAUCAAACCGGUGAGUCUGAAGAACCCAUUGACCCGUCGGACAAGAUCAUUUUGGCACAAACCGGAGAUCUACUUGUUGACGAUCAACUUUCUGAGAAAACAUCUCAUUUUGUCGAAGAGGAUCAAAAAGAAGCUCAAUUUCCGACAGCAAACCAGAAAAUCAACAAAGACUUGGCCAACUUAGGUGUGCUAGAUAAGGAUAUUUCAAAGAUAAAUGCUUUACAUCAAGAUCAAACUCCAAAGGUUUUAAAGCAACAUCAAACUAUAAAGGAAAUACAACUAGAACAAAUGAGCCAGAAUCAUCAAGAAUCCCCCGAAGAAUCCCAAGAUCUAGUUCAACAAAAGCAUCAAGAGCAAGAAUAUCCAAAGGACAAUAAGGCUCCUCAAAAGCAAGAGGUUUGUAAGGAAGAGGAAGCGACCAAAAGUCAAGAGGUUUUCGAGGAACAAAACGUCACCAAGGACCAAAACAGGGUGAAGAAACAAUACGAUCCUAAGGAACAUCAAGCUCCCAAACAGCAAAAGUCUCCCAAAGAACAAGCCCUUUGCAACGAAGAAGAAGCUCCAAAAGAAGGGGAAGCUAUAGAGGGACAAGAAACUCCGACAGAAGAGAAAGCUUCCGAGGAAACAUGGGCUUCCAAGCAACAAAAAGAUUCCGAGGGACAACAUGCUCACAAAGAACAAAACGCCUCCCAAAAACACCAGGCUCCCAAAGAACAAGAAGCCCCCCAAAAACAAUCUGCUCCCAAAGAACCAGAAGCUCCUGAGAAGCAACAAGAUCACAAAGAUCAUGUAGAACGCGAGGAACAAGAGGCUUUCAAAGAACAAGAAGUCUCCGAGGAACAACUUGCUCCAAAAGAAAAACCUGCUCUCGAAGAACAAGAAACCCCUAUUGAACAAGAUGUCCCUGAAGAACCAAUUCAACUUGAGGAACCAAUUGCUCUUAAGGAGCCAAUUGCUCUUAAAGAGCCAAUUGCUCUUAAGGAACCAAUUGCCCUUGAGGAACCAAUUACCCUUACGGAACCAGAUACUCGUAAGGAGCAACCAACUCCUAACAUGCAAAAUGCCCCCGAAGAACAUCCUCAUGAACAGAAACCUCCAAGGGAAAAUGAAGUUCUUAAUGAACAGAACGCUUUCAAAGAACCACACUCUUCCAUGAAACAGCAAGCUCCUAAAGAGCAGGUAGCUGCAGAUGAAGAAAAAAGUUUAAAAGAGCAUACAACUCCCAAGGAAGAAGAGGCCCCCAAAGAACAAAUCGCCUUCAAAGAACAGGAGACCCCCAUGGAUCAAGACUCUUCCAAAGAACUGGAACCUAUUAGGGAACCCGAUCCUCUCCAGGGGCAAGAGACUCGCAAAGAACAAGAGCCUCAUAAGGAGCAAGACGAUUCAAAGGUUCAAGAAGUUCCCGAAGGUCAAAGCCAAUGCGAGAAACAAAAAACUGAUGAAAAAUGUGAAGCCUUCCAGGAACAAAUUUCACCUGAGGAGCUGGAACCCAUCAGGGAACACGACUCUCCCAAGGAACUGAAAACACUCAAGGAUCAAGAUCUUCCCAAGGAACUAGUUAUUCUUAAGGAACAAGAAACUCUCGACGAGCAAUACCGAUUCAAGAAACAAGACUCUCCACGGAAACAACAAACUCUCAAUGAACGCCCCCCUUGCAAUGAUCAAAAGGCUCCCGAAAAACUUGGAACUCCCAAGAAGCAGGAACCACUCCGUGUUCCAGGCUCUCCCAAGGAACAGCAAAACUGUGAUGAACAAGAUUCUCUGGAAAAGCAGCCUUUGCAUGAGAAUGAUAUUGUUGGAAAGAAGAACUAUGUUCCCAAGAAAGAUGAUGUUAUUUUCAGUGAAGUCUUGCCUGGUUUUAAGGACGAUGAAGCGGUUCUCGUCGAAGGUUCUGUUGUAGCGGCCGAAUGUCCUACUCCUCUUGAUGAAAAUGUUGUUGUUGCUGCUGCCAGUGAAGUUUCCGUUGAUUCGAAAGAAUCCACCGUUGUUCUCAAAGGAAGUGUUAUUGAUGGUGAAGACGGUUUUGUUAGUUGUAGAGAAGGUGCUGCUGAUCCUAGUAUGGGUGUUACUAGUUCCGAAAAAGGUGCUACUCUUCUGAAUAAAGACCAUCAUGUCUCAAAGGAAGAUGGUAAUCCUCAAACAAAUACCAAUUCCUUGGAAGAUGGUGGGCCUACUGAAAUUAUUGUUCCGACUUCGAAGGAAGACAAUUCAUCCGAGAGAGAUCCUCUUCCAAUUGAGGAAGUUACCGUUAUCCAAGCGGAAACGUCGAAGUGCAAAAGUGUUUCUGUAAUGGAAAGUAGUGACAUCGUUUCUGUGGAGAAUCCUCAAAAUCGAGAUUCUCUCGUCAACGCUGGAGUGGAAAUUCCAUCACCCGUCAAGGACGAAUUCGGUUCAAGUUCCCUCCAAGGUCAUGGCAAUGAAUUUAGGAAUCUAGUGCAAUCCGAUCAAACUUCGUUAGAUUUGACAAGUACAUGUGAGGUGUCCCCAGAUGCUUUCCAUUCAGUUGAGAAUUCAGAGGGACACUGCCCUGAUGAAGAACAGUCAAAAUGUGACAAAGAUCUCGGAUCACCCGACGGACCAACUCCGUCGAAGUCAGAAUCAAGCGGUUUGAAAUACCAAGAAGAACUCAAAGCUACAACAUCAACGCCAGCCAUCAUGCCUCUCAUUAAAACUGAUAUCAACCUUGGACAAGAGUCCCAAGAGGCGGUGCUUAUGAGGGAUGUUGAGAACUCUAUUCCUGCCUCAAAACUUCCCGUAUUACAAGAAGUGGUUUCAAAUGCUCCCUCAGAACACCCAAAUCGAAAGGCUGUCCUGCCACAAGGAUAUAGUCAUAUUGAAGAACAAGUUGCAAGAAAUGUUGGUUCCGAUAAAGAAACUCGAAAUGAUGAAGCUCAUGAUAGCAAGGUUGAGGAGGAAAACUCACAAACCACCACCAAUGAGUCGAGUAAUGAUGUCCUGAAAGAUUCGGUGACCAUCUCCGACGGUCAAUUGCUAGCGAAUUCAAUGCCAAAAGAGACUCAAGCGUUAAACAAACUAACGCAAAAGAUCGAUGCCUUAGUUUCAGAAAAUAUCUUGGAGACAUCAACGAAGAAAUGCGUGGAGGAAGAAAAUUCGAAAGAGCUCCAAGAACUGUCCAAGUUAUCAGCCCAAAGUGUCGAACUAGUGUCAAAAAGUCCUGAACGGCUUGGGAAGCCGAUUGAGACGGACUUAGUAAAAUCUCUUGGCUUGGAUGGCAUAGUGAAGGAGAGUGAAGACUCCCCCGAGAACACCAUCGCACUUGAUCAAGACGAAGGAGCUGAAAAGUCAACUUUAACCUGUGAUAAAUCCAACGACACAAAUCCUCGUGGAGAAAUUGCUGCAGUCCCCGGGAGUAGCGGAGAGGUCAACGAAUCUGAUUCUGUUGCCACCAAAGAUUCUGAAGUCAUGUCGGAUUGGGAUGCGGAAGAGGAUGAAGAAGAAGAGGAAGAGGAGGAAGAGGAAGGCCAGGGCAACGAAUAUGAUGCCGAUGAGGAUGGGCGGUCUUCAUCCUUGUCCUUUAGAACUACCUCUUCGGCUGCGUCAACAAGCCACGUUGACAUUAGCCAAACUGUGAUUCCAGUUUCCUCGUCAUUAAUGAGUACCUUGAAAAUGCAAAGCUCAAAUCUUCCACUGCCGGUUUCGACAACGGAUGGCUCCUUGGCGUCAAAUGUUGCAAAUUCUGUUACCGAUUUUCUCAUCUCGAGUGCAACGCAAUCGACCAAGAAACGGGGAAAGUCUUCCGGACUACUUGUGUGUCCCUAUUGUGAUCGCAAGUAUAAAGAGCGUCAUCGGUAUGAUAUUCACAUUCGGUUUCAUACAGGAGAAAAGCCUUUUAUUUGUCCAAUGUGUCAAAAAGGGUUUCGUGAACAGCGAAAGCUUAACUUACAUAUAGCUCGACACAAUAGCUCACUAGGUCACAAAUGCCACCUGUGUCCAAGAAGUUUUGAGGGCCCUAAAGCAUUAAACAAGCAUUUAGAUGCUCACAAGAACAAUCGUUAUGUUGCUCCCAAAGUUAUCACAAAACCCGAUGGAACCGUGUCAAUGGUCUUGCCUGAAGAUCCCAACUUAAGGAAGACCGGGAGUGAAACCACGCUUCCAGAGCAAUCCAUCGUACCGACUGGAUCCAUCCAGCAGCCACCUGUUUUGGGUGAUGUAACUCCAAGUUCCUCCUCGAUUUCUUUAACCUUGCCGUCUGGUCCUGAUCUUGAGUUUAGCGAAUCCUCCACCAGUGAUGACCACGGAACUAUAAGUCUUUCAAUGGAUGAUCUCAUGCAAUAUGCAACUCCACUGCCUCCCCUUCAAGAACACUCUCAUCACACGACAGUAGCUCCGGAUUUAGAAGAGAGAUUGAUCCACAACGAUGAGGGCAAACUGAAAAUUGUUCCUGUUGGGAUGGAAGAAUUUCUGACUCCCCAAUUCGUGAACUCUUCACAAGCUUCGCAAUUGGCUUCAAAUAUGGCACCUACCUCAGAUCAGCGAUUGGGCUCAUCAAAUCUAGGAGACCAUGCCAUGAAUUUGCACGCACCCAGCCUCAAUGAUUCGGGCGAAUUUCCAGACUUGUUAGAUUCGGAAAGUAAUCUGACCACCCUGGACUAUCGAAAGUACAAUGAGGAUGAGAACAAGCCCACAGUAAAGGACGAGUCAUCGGGACUGAUCUUCACUACACUGAGCUGUCCUCAAUUUCCUAGCGAGGAGAAAAAGCCUGAACCUCCGACAGCUCCAGAGCCCCCGCCUCCUAUGGUUGUGGCUCGAAAAUCGGCACCGCAGAUCACAUUUAAGAGAGGGGAUGGUAAGUCCAGUAGCAAGGCCCAAGAUUUCAUCAAGGCUUUGACCUCGGAGGCUGUGGCUCAGCUCUCAAAGGCCAAGAUCAAUUUACCUGCUGGUACUUGCCUUGUCCCUGCGGAUGCUAAAUGUGAAUCUGCUACCACUACCACUACUAUAGCCUCAACCGUCUCUUUGCCAGAUGGCUUAAACAUCAGCCCGGCGGCGGCUCCAUCUACCUCAACCUUUUUAAGUGAUGUUGUUGUGCGGUCCAAGCCUAUGACCAUUACAAUUCAGUACAAGAUAUUCCCCGACUCGCAGGGCCAGCCUCAAAAGAUUGCAGUUCAACGAGAAUUGGCUGAUUUUCUCAAUGAGGCUCCUGGACAAACCCUCGGGACGCCAAUUAUUUCCUCCGAAAGCAUACCCGCGGGAGGUUCAUUGACUGACUCUUCAUCAAUAUCGAGCAACGUAUCGUCGCCAGUUCCGCCCUCCAUUACCUCUAGUUCUUCCGCCGCUCUUGCGACCACUUCUGCUCUCUCCACUCCUCUAAGUUCGGCUCAAAUGACCCCGACAACUCCGUUUGGUGACAUCCACGCUAAAGAUCCAGCCAAAGAAACGCGAGAGGUCUUUUCUGCCUCAGGCCAAAAAUUCGAGAUUCCGACCAUCGUGACGAGUGGUUUUGAUUUAGACAAUCUGUUGUGCACCAUCUGCAACAAGGGUUUCAAGAAUGACAAAACGUUGAUGGGCCACAUGCUGAAUCAUUUUGGAGUGGCUCCGAAGAUGGCCGAUUGUCCCAUUUGUGGCCUCACACUUCAAAAAAAAAGUUAUGCUCGUCAUUUGCGCCUUCAUGGGGAUGUGGUUCCCGUGGUGUGCCCUUACUGUCAGAAGGGGUUUCGAGAGAGGAGAAGUCUUGAUAAGCACAUUCGAGCCAUUCAUGGAGUUGAAAGACCUUUUGCUUGCAACCAUUGCGAGGCCAGAUUUAAGACCCCACUGGAACAGACGGCCCAUAUGAAUCAACAUAUAAACGGAUUCGCUCAUAAGUGUCACGUGUGUGGACUUGCCUUCGAGGAUAACGAGUCACUCAAUAUCCAUUACAAAGUGCACUCUGGAGUAAAACCGUUCUCGUGCGAAAUUUGUGGCAAGGCCUUCACUUCUGAGAAGAAUAAGCGGGUUCAUGUGCUCCGGCACCAAGGCAGUCUUCCUUUCAAGUGUGAUGUGUGCAAUAUGACCUUCGAGUCCCAGGUUCACCUAAGCAAACACGCUGCCAGUCACACGAGGAAGACCGAAGUCAUAUCGGCCAAAAUCAACACCUUUUUGGAAUCGUUCAGUGCUUCUUUAGAGAAUGAUAUGUUGGGCUUAGACGAAAGCUUCGAAACUGAGCAAGGCGUGAGUCUGUCCGAUGAUACGAGUUUGGAGGCAGCAGCCGCUGAGGCGGCACUCAUUUUCGGACAAAACGAUUUCCCCGAAGAAAUCUUGGGAGAAACAGAGGAUGACACCGCCUCACAAUUUAGUGCAUCGGGUGAUUUUGCCAUUCCUGAGCCGAAGGAUGGAGACUCUUUACAAUGCAAAACAUGCAAUACCGUGCUUAAGAACAAGAGAUCAUACAUGAUCCACAUGAAGCGACACGCCGGACUGUUAAAGUUCAAGUGCAAAUACUGUCCCAAAACCUUCCAAGGAAACUUCAAGUUGAAUCGUCAUAUGCGUGUUCACGUUCGGGAAGGGACCAAUAUUACUCCUCCUCCGCCUCCCGAGGCGCAGAAACCAGCGCAUUCCUUAUCCUUGGGUGCGAAUCCCUUGGAGCAUCAUACCAUGCGCGAACAAGAGGUCAGUGUGGAAACCACGAAAUGUGCUCUUUGUCCCAAGACUUUUACGGAUAACGAGAGCUUGCAAGAACACACGCGAGUUCACUUCCAGGGCAAUGAGAAUGAGAGGAGAAUAGAUAGCAAACUACUCAAGGAUAAAUUGUUAUCCAAAACUAGGCCUGCCAAAUUCAAGGCAUUGACCAAAGUACAGAAGCUAGCUCCCGUCAUGUUCCACCCUUUCACUUAUCAGUGCACGAUUUGUGACGUGGAAUUGCCUUCCAAGACUUCGCGGGCUGUGCACAAGAUCACCAAACACAACCGACGGAGCUGGAAAUGUAAGUUCUGCUCCCAACUCUUCUUGAACCGAACCCAUCUAUUGGAGCAUUUAGAGAUAAGUCACAAAAUGGAUCGCGAAGAAAUGCAAAUGCUGGGCAUCCUCAAGAAAGCCAACAUUUUCAUUGCUCUUCGGAAACCAUACAAGCCUCCACUUCCCCCCAGUCCAUCUCCACCCCCAACACCACCCGCCUUAGUCAGUGGUGGGCUUAGAGAAGUCCCGGGCUCAAACUCUCCAGCUUUGAAAUACGUACAGAACGAAGAACUCUUUGAUGCUCCCAAUCUCACUUGCCUGGCUUGCAACAAGUCCUUCAAGAACUCUCGAGCAUUCAAACAUCAUUGUGAUAGACACCAAGGGACAUUGAAGCAUAAAUGUCCAGAAUGUGUUAAGUCGUUCAUCCGGCGCUCAGAGGUGAACAGACAUUGCAUUGCGAUUCAUGGCAGGCCUUUAAGACCUGAUGAGGACACAAUUCAGCAUUUACUCACUGACAACAACUCUAGAUUACAAACAUUUGACCAAGGGUCCAGCAUUGUCGCCAACUUCUCUCUUCCUAGUGAUUUGAGUUCCGAACUAAACACCCUCCCUCUGGGACACUAUCAAGUCCCUGAUGGAACAAUUUACAGGCAUGAUCCUUCAUCUCUCAUAUCUGAUGCUUCAAGAUGUUCGACAGCUUUGUCAGAAUCGGGAGGCUAUGAGUUCUCCUUGGCGGCUACUAAUUCGUUCGUGGAAGAGCCAAUAGAAGACGCUUCAAAAAUCAUUGAGCAAAAAGAUAAGUUGAUUGCCAUGAUGCAACAGAAACUCGUCGAAAAAACACUCACAAAGAAGAAAAAGAAGGACAAAAGUAAGAAAGAAAAGCGUAAGAAAAGCCUUGAAAAGGAGUCUGUAACUGUACCCACUGAUCUCCAAGAAGCAAAAGAUCAAUCUAAGAAUGACUCUAAGCCUGCCAAAAUUGCUCUACCAGGACCUAUCAUGUCGAUGCCUCUCCUUAUGGAGCCACGGGUCGCAAGCCCUUUGCAAAGUGUCGCUCAAACCACAACACGAGACCAACCUCCAACCAAAUCGGUCAACGCACAGAACAUCAGUGAAGAAAUUCCAGCAGAUAAUGAUAAUAAAUUUUCUGUUGUCAUUCGAAAGCAAAAGUGCCAACUUUCAGAAGAAGAUCGCAUCAAGUCUGAAUUGGAAUUUGACAAGCUCAUCAGCACUAAAGCUAAAGCCAAAAUAGAAACCUUCACUCCAUCGUCAUCUUCCAUUGAAGAACUUACGAGCGCCAUGUCCCAAAACGCAGUGGUUCAUAUGCCAAUUGUCUUGGAAGAGUCUAAUACCGGAGAUCCAUUGAGUUCAGAAGCUGAUUUAGCCAAUGAAGGUCUCGAGGACAUGGACGAUUUGCCAGAUCUAUUAGCGACAAGCUUUUCAGAUGAAUCCACAAUGAAAAAGAAUACAACCGACUUUUCAACACCAAAUCUCUCUUCAAACCCAGCUACGUCAAAUUUGAAGACCAGUUUUUUCGUUGAAGAAAUCCCCUCUGUGCAAUCCAAUUUGAUAGUAGACCAAUCGUCCAAGGUCAUGAUGUUGAAAGGGAAACAGGAGGGAAAAAAUUCUGAGGAGAGUAUGCCAACCGAAAACAUAUCUGGGCAUGUAAAAUCUGGGGUAAUAGAGUCCCAUGCACCAAGAGUAAUGGAUGAUGAAGUGCCUCAAGGAGAAGUGUUGGAAGAAACUAAGUCAACAGACAAAGAGACUGUAAAUCAAGUGGUGACAGAAAAAGCAUCUGAGAAUAUGGAAUUUUCUGCAAUGCAUCAUGAAAAACAUCAAGAAAUAACAUCAAAGGAGAAGCUGGUUGAAGAAAAGGCUCCUGAAGUAAAGAAAUCUGAGGUAAAGACUUCUGAACUAGAGGCAUCUGAAGUGAAGACAUGUGAAAUGGAGACAUCUGAAGUGGAAAUAUGUGAAGUGAUGGUACCUGAGGUUACUGAAGCAAAGUCACCAGAGAUGAAGACACCUGAAGCAAAGACCUCAGAAAGCAAGGCUCCUGAUAUGAUGGCUGCUGAAGUAAGGAGUUCUGAGUUGAAGACAUUUGAAAGAAAGACGCCUGAAGUGAAGGCUAUUGAAGAAAUGACGCCUGAAGUGAAGGCAUCUAAAGCAAAGGCACCAGACAUGAAUAUAUCUGAAAUCAAGGCUACUGAAGAAAGGGCACCUGAAAUGAAGCCGUCUAAAGCAAAGACACCUGAAAUGAAGGCAUCUGAAGAAAAGGCACUUGAAAUCAAGUCACCUGAAGUAGGGAUUCCAAAAAGUAAGGCUCCUGAUACAAAGGCACCUAACGUGAAGACACCUUACGAUGAGGCACCUGAACUGAAGACUCCCGAAAUGAAGACACCUGAAGUGAAGACACCUGAAGUGAAGACAUCCGAAAUGAAAGCACCCGAAAUGAAGGCACCCGAAGUGAAGGCACCCGAAGUGAAGGCACCCGAAAUGAAGGCACCCGAAAUGAAGGCACCCGAAAUGAAGGCACCCGAAAUGAAGGCACCCGAAAUGAAGGCACCCGAAGUCAAGGCACCCGAAGUCAAGGCACCCGAAGUCAAGGCAUCCGAAGUCAAGGCACCUGAAGGGAAGGCACCUGAAGUGAAGACACCUGAAGUGAAGACACCUGAAGUGAUGGCACUCAAAGUCAAGGCACCCGAAGUCAAGGCACCCGAUGUCAAGGCACCCGAAGUCAAGGCACCCGAAGUCAAGGCACCCGAAGUCAAGGCACCCGAAGUCAAGGCACCCGAAGUCAAGGCACCCGAAGUCAAGGCACCCGAGGUCAAGGCACCCAAAGUCAAGGCACCCGAAGAAGAGGCUCUUUCAAAGAAAACGCUAAAAGCAAGGGCACCAGAAAUGAAAGGACUUGGAUUAAAAGCAACUGAAGCAAAGGCUCCUGAAGAAAAGGGAUCUGAAGAAAAGCCAUCUGAAGAAAAGCCAUCUGAGGUAAAGACCUCUGAACUGGAAACAUCUGAAGUGGGGACAUCUGAAGUGAAGACAUCUGAAAUGGAAACAUAUGAAGUGAAGGUAACUGAACUGAAGGAAUCUGACAUGGAGACCCCUAAAGGGCAAACAUCGGAAACAAUAGCAUCCAGAGUAUUGAACAAAGAAUUGCUUGAUAGCAAAAAUUCUGAAAAAAGAUUUUUUUCUGAUGGCAAUGUCUCAAAAGAAAAUGCAUCCGAAAGCAAGAAAAUUGUUGUGAGUGAUUCUGAUCCAUCAACCAAAUCAAGAGUGAAAGGGUUAAACAAAUCAAAAGCAGAGAAGUCUGGUUCAAAGAAAAACUUGGAAUCUGAAGUGCUUCCAAAGAUUCCUGAAACAAAUGCAUCGGAUGUUGAAGGUAUUCUCAAAAUGUCACAUGACCCUGAAGUUCCGGCCGAAUCUGCAUCUCCUAAAAAGCCUACCAGCCCUAAAAAUGAAGGUUCUCCCAAAGCGAUUGAAAGCGACUCUUCAAUUUCUGAGAAUGAGGAAUUAAGUGAAGAUGGAUGUCUCAGGAGAAAACUCCGAAGAAGACCCAACCUUUCUUCAAUUCCCUUUGCUCCCAAGCUAAGGAAGAAAGUACUUGCUGCCAAAGAGAAAACUCCACCUAAAAAAGAAAAUCCCAAAGCAGAAGACAAAUCAUCCUCCAAGGUCAAACCUCAGCCUCGCAAAGAAUCUUCUCCCAAGAAAUCAUUGGCUAUUUUCAAGAUAUUCCAAAAUAAGGCUGCGGAAAAGAAAGAAGAUGAAAAGGAUCGUGAGAGAGAACGUGAAAGAGUGCAAGUUGAUGACGAAGAUCGAUUCAACAACAAAGAUGAAGAUUUGGACUUGUUGCGGGAAGAAAAAAAGGCAGUGAAACAGCCUUCGGUGGUUCCAAAGAAGACAUCAAGACAGAAGAAGAAAGUACGAACAAAGAAACCUCCACCUCCUCCGCCCACUCCUGGAAGCAGGAGUUCUUUAAGAAACAAAUUCAAGCCCUCCGAUAUUGAUCCUACUGCAUUAGAUUUUGAAAGCUUAGAUGAAAAUCAGUCCAAGAGCCCAGUCAAUCAGAAUGUCAGCAAUUUCGACUCAUCAAUCCCCGUCGCUCCAAUGACUGAUGCUAACCAAGAGCCAAUCAAGGAAAACGAUCAGAAAAUGGUAGUCAAAGUUGUUGAAGAGGAAGAAACAAUAUCUGACCGGAUCGAAGGGGGAAUCCAAGAAGAUUCAGAACAAAGGGAUGGACAAAAAAUAUCCGCCGAGGUUAACGUGGUAGAAAGACACAACCAAGCCAAAGUGGAAGAGAUUCAUCCCAAGAUAGAUCAUGACGAGCAGGGUGAUAACGAGAUGACCAUUGAACCAGAAGCAACAGCCAAACCUGUGCAGGAAAUAGAAAUCUAUCCUUCUGAGGGACAAAGUGAAUCUGUUCUUCCUCUGUCUGGACGUUCCUCUAAAUCAGAAUUACAACCAAUAGUCGGGUUAGGUGCUUGUAUGGAGUCCGAAAACCAAGACAAAGCUAAGACUGUAACGAAAGUCGAAUCUGAAAAAAUCCAGUCAAAGAAGGCUGUAGCCUGCGCGAGUGGUGAAAUAAGAUCGCAUCAGGAACUUGAGCUGGAUCCCAAAAAUCCAUCCAAGGUCAAAUUAAGCAAGGAAAAAAACAAGCCUAAGAAACAGAUCAAAGGGAAGAAGGAGAAUGAAAGUCAAAUUGAGGAACCUUCGGCAAACGUUAUUGAACCUGAACUACCAAGUGACGAGAAUGCCCAAGAUAGCAAUGAACCUUUGGUCAGAAAAACACGAGGACGCACGAGAAACAAAUCGUCAAUCACGUCGGAUUCCAAAGCGAAGCAAGCUGCUCCAAAAAUCGAUCCAUCUGAAAAGGAGAAAUCAAUUUCCACCAUUGAACUUGGGACUUCCCCCGUGACGGAUAAAUCCCCUACCCCCAAGAGGAGAGAUACUUCAAUCAAAAGUGAUUUGGAUUUGUCUUCUAAAACCAUCCGCGAAAUCCAGAAGAAAUCUCCCACAGUUUGCAUUAAGAUCAUGAAUGAAGAAGAUAUUGAAAGAUCCAUCAAAGGAGAAGCCAUUGAGCCCACUCCAGCCUCGAUUAAACCCACCAUCGAAGUCAAUCCUGAAGUGGAAGCCUCUUCCAAGGAUCAUGCAGACUUACCGCGCUCUCCAAAAGGAGCUGGUGAUCGAUCCAAAUCUCCUUCAAGAUUCAGCCCCCGUAGAUCUCGCAAGUCCGAAUCAUCAAUUGUAUCAGAGCCGAUCCUCGCUCCCUCGACUCCCUUAACAUCUCAAGCGAAAAAGAAGUCCUCCAACUUAAUCAAAGAUGGAAGAGUUUCUGAGCCAGAGUUAUCUGAAAGUGUUGAAUUGGACAAACUCCAAGCUGAAGCGCAAACAUUAUGUGGAGAAGAUGAGGCGUCCAAGGCUAAGAAGAACGAGGAGAACCUCUCUGCAGACCAAUCUAAAGCUACGGCUCUUAAAACCAAGGCCAAAUUGAGCAUUGGAUCAAAAUCUAAACCUACCACUCCCGUUGUUUGUAUGGACAAACCUAAUCCUAUCGCAAGAAUAGCUAAUGAUGAAUCUCAAGCUGCGACGGCUAUUUCAAACCAAGAAAUUAAUGAGAAAUCCCUCCCUCCAAAGAGAAGAGGACGCAAGGCAGUGGCUACCAAAAUCGAGGCCAAAGUGUCCAUUCCAGACGGACCAAAAGUGACGCAAUCCAGCGUUCCAAAAGUGAUUGAACCUGUGAACAAUAUUGAAAAUAAAAUGGCCGAGGAACCCACGGCUUUGUCCCCAAGGGUAACCAGGAGAAGAAGGAGGUCGAGUAAAACAUCUGAACCUCUUGAGGCUGCACCUGAAUCCGACUUGUGUGGCCUCCCAACAGUUGCCGAAAUUGUUUCUCCAUCCAAGAUCCCAAUACCUGAGCCAGUGCUUCAGAGUGAUCCUGUUAAUAAAUCUAAGGCAUCCUCAACUCCUCCAAAGAAGAGAGGUCGUCCCCCUAAGAAAGCCAAACUGGAUUCACCUCAAGCCAACGAAAGCUCUCCAAAGAAAUCAGGGACCACUGAGCCAAAAGAACAACAUGCUUCAGUAACAGUAGCCAAGAAUGUUAUGGAAGAAGAGCACACGCCAGUAAAAUUGACCAAGAAAACCUCCUAUGUCCAAGACACGAAAGAUUCAGAGAUUAAGGCACAAUUGCCAGAGCCCAAAGACCUGGAAUUACCCUCAAACUUGUGUAAGAUCGAAACUGGCCAAGGGGUUAAGACUAGGUACUCGUGUCUGGUUUGUAACAGAAUUUUCAUGAGAAGAGACAAAAUCACCGAACACAUUCACUCUGAACACAAAAAGCAAGUAGCUGAACAGCCUACUGAGCUUCAGUUAGCUCCUCUAAACCAUGUUGCUAAAAUGAAGUCACCCGAAAAGAAAACGGAAAGUUCUCAGCCAAAAACAAGUGAGAAAGUGAAGAUGCAAGCGCAACGAGACUUGUCUGUCGAAGAUCCUAAAGAGCAACCUUCACCACCGCCGCCAAUGCAAGUAGACUCUAUUGUGAAGAUUCCAAAACGCCUCGAGAAAAUCCGGAGCAAAGUUGACAAAUUGACUCGACAAGUCAAUGAACUUCUAAGUUUGAAACAGAACAAGAUCCAAUGGAAUCAAUCGUCGGAGAGCUAUAACUUGUGGAAGAGUCUGGGGAAGAGUUGCCGUUUCAAGAAACACAAUUUUAAAUCUCAAGUACCAACUGGCAAUAGUAGUCGAAUCGUUCUCAACUUAAGACGACAACAUGGUCCUCGAUUUAGUGUAAGUUCUGGCAAACGAUCCCCUUUGAAAUUAAGGUUGAAAUGUGAGAACCCUGAAGCGGUGGAUCUUUUCCCAAAGAAUGGAAAAGGUAAACUAAAGAAGAGCGAAAAAGUCCAGCCUGUGGUCAAGAGACGUGGCAGACCACCCAAGAAGCCUGAAUCUAUCAUUGAAGUGAAAUCUGAAACAAGUGCGACGGCGACAUCACCCUCUCAAGACCAUCACGAUCUACCGAUCAAUGAAGAUUCUAAAGAUUCCAACCUGGACCAACAGGAACCUCCUCCAAGAAGACGAAGUCGAUCACGUAAAUCAUCAAACCCAUUGAAGAUCGAGCAAGUGCCAAUCAUCCCUAUAAUCUCGCGUCCCAUCUUUGAUGCACCAUUGGUAACUAAAGUGUCACCUGCUCCCAUUGUACCAUCUAAGGGACAGAAGAGUCCGUCUCAAAAAGAUCUCAAUCCCAAGAAUGCGACCGAUUCUGAAGAAGUCAACAAGAAGCCUGAAGAUUCAUUAGUUGUCGUCAAAUCUGAAGCGUCUCCGAUCCAACCUCGAGAUGAAGCCCUAGAACCUCGUCGUAGAGGACGUAAAAGGAAAACUGAAAUAGUUGACAUCGAAAAAACCUUGAUUGAUUCAGAAGAACCCGACACCCCCAAAUCCAACGUUCCUCAAAGCCAAGAACCCAAGGAGGUUCUGAAGGCAGAAAAUGACGAAAUGCCAGAACAAGAUCCAAGUGACAUCCCAAUUACUCGAAAAAGGACCAAGAGGGCUAUUGAGGACUCACACGUGUCAUUGCCAAGCGCGACACAAGCAAGUGAUGUUUUGAUGACCCAAGUACAGACUGUUGAACCAUCUCCAGAGAAAGGGGCGGAAAAGCCCAAUGUUCCAAAACGUCGAGGAAGGCCGAAACGAGUGCCCGAAGAACAAAACCCUGUUGAUCCCGAGCCAUCAACAUCAGCAACCAAUCUGACGAGAACAACAACAACAACACAGAAUGCGUCAAAUCUUCCAAAAGCAAAGGUUGAUGGCCAGACUUUAUCUAAGCGAGGUCGAACAAGGAAAACCAAGGAAAAGUCUAUGGAUCGGUCUAAUAGUCCACCAUUACCGUCAUCAACAAGGAUAACACGUGGUCGCCAUGCCUCGUCGACUUCGUCGUCGUGCACGGUGAAAAAAGAUGACGAACGACCCAAGGAGGAGGACAUGCCCGUCGAAAAUGUUCCCUCUGCCACUCCAUCCAAGCGAGGACGACCCAAAAGGAACAUCCAGAGUGAAUCAGAAGCCCCCUUAGCUGCCUCAUCUUCUAACCCCUCUCCACCCUCUUCUUCAACAGCCAAUCCUUUGAAAAGAAAACGAGGAAAUAGUGAGACUCUUUUGGAAUCUGAUCUCAAUGUCGGUUCAGAGGUCUCAAGUGGUCCCACAGAAGUCAAACCAGAGGUUGCUGAUCCAUCCCCAACUUCACCGGCCAAAUCCCAAACUUUGGCUGAGCGAGUCUCUGAAGAGAAGGAGAACAGUGUGAAAGGCAUCAAACUGGUUAUAAAAGCUCCUGUUGGCUUAACCGUGCCCGACAAAGAAUCUGCUGAAGCCGAAGAUGAUCCUGAAACCAAAUAUGUGGUCCAAUCCUCGGAGGAAAACCCGCUGAAAUUGAAAUUGACCUCGGGGAACAAGAAGAAAAAGAAAAAGAAGGACAAAUCUAAUGAUGAAUCCCAAGAGGAAUCUUCGAUUGGCGAGAAGCACAAGAAGCAUAAGAAAAGAAAGCACAAAGAGAAGGAAAGAGAGAGCACUUCAUUGAAAUCUCCCCUUGUGUUACGGAUUAAGAGUCCCAACGCUCCUGACCGCUUGUCGCUCUCUCCUAGUAAGAGUGCCGCAUUGGAGAAAUCCCUGGAUUCUGUUCCCACUGAUGUUAUGAUUUCCCAAGAUCAACAAUAUCAAUUGACACCUCGGUCUUUACCCAAAGCGGCGCGCUCCCAAUAUCCUUCAGAAAAACAUCCCUCAGAAAAACAUACCUCAGGCUCUAACCCUACCAAGGCAGUUUCCAAACCGUCAUCCUAUGGACCAUCCUCCUCUUCUGCAUUGCCAACAACAUCUUCCAGCGGCACAUCUGUUUCAGAGAGCUCUCGCCGAACUCGUCCUCUGCGGAAAGAAUCGAACUUAUCUACAUCAGUGUCCUUUAGGGCUACAACGCUCGCCGUUCCCGCACCGUCAGAUACGACGGGGAGCCGAAAUCGGACUCCAUUGAAAGGGCCCACCUCCUCUUCCGGAGUUUUAUUCGCUGCUCCCUCUACCGGGUUGUCGAAAUCAUCAACAACGACGACAACGACGACGUCUUCGGUGAUCUUUGGAUUCCAGAACAACAUUAGCGAUGAAGCUUCGCCUUCGCCUUCGCCUUCGCCUUCUUCAUCUUCGAGCGUCGUAGCGCUUGGCCCGUCCACAUCUUUCGCGUGUUCUUCGAGGGCUGCUCCUGCUGUGUCGUCUGCCUCCAGUGAUGUGCCUCUCUUUGCUCGCUUGAAUUGCAGCAGGAGGACUGAUAACACAAACGCAAUGAUGACAACUCCUGAUAUGAGGAGGACAGAGGAAGAAGAACAAGAACACAAGGAAAAGAGGGUGGGAGAGUCCUUUGACAGCCAAGGGAAGCGUCCGAUUUCCAUUACACCCUCGUCGAGUAUGGUCACAUUCUCUCCAGAUUCUUCACCUGAACACCAGUCCACGCUUCCUUCCUACCAGCACCACGAUACGCUCGGAUUGAAUGAAGGCACUUUCAAUAACAUUCUCAAGACAAUUGGUGGCGAUGACGACAACGAGCAGGAUCAGGUUGAUCAGGUACACCAAGCAGGAGGCCGCACCCGUAUUUACCCUUCAAUUCGAAGCGGGCCCUCGGGUCGUGGUGGUUUUUCGCAAAUCAGAAGCCGGGAACCUGUUGGUGGACCAAUAAUAGCAACAUCAGCAACAGCAGGCGCAGGCACAGCCUCAUCAUCAACAUCAACAUCGCUAUUCUUGCCCUCGGUGGAGCAAGUGGAUGGAAGCAUUGAUACCUGUUCCCGAGCCUCUGCGUCCGUGAGCUCGGCCUCUCCGAGGAUUUCCGAAGAAGAUGGCGAGGAGCGGAAAGGGGACAAACCCAAACGACCUCGCCAACUUUUGGUCUCUUCCGGACAAAACCUCAUUCAACAGCGAAUAACGCAGACGUCAGCGGCCAUCAAACCCAAGAGCAAAUCCGCUUUGAUAUUCAGAGUGUUCAAAACCUCAUCCAAAUACCGAAAGUUCGUGGUGGUCAAGAACCGCAAGACUGAAAGCCGAAUAUACGAAUUGGACGAGUACUUGGAGCGUGAAGCUAAUCAUACCCUAGACGAACCAUUUGAUGAGGACGAAGGAGAUUGGGUUGGGAACAAAGAUCGAAGCAAGAAGAAGGAUUCCCAGUCACCAUCAAAAUCGUCCUCCUCGACUCCCGUGUUGGACCAAGUUCGGACCGACGGUGUAGACAAACGGUUGGAGUGCUCCAUGUGCAAGCGGACCUUUCCCAAUUUAGUUCGAGCACAUGCACAUCGGCAGAUGCAUCAAGAUGAACUAAAGAAACGGUCUUUCCGGAGAUCCAAAUCUAAAGACACCCCGGGAUCCAAUUCAUCCUCUCGACGAGUCAGUGUUGAUGAAUCUCUAGCGAGUCUCGACGAUGACGAGUCGAUGUUGAUCUCACAGGUGGACGGAGAGACGGAUUUGGAUGUUCUAACUCAAGGUCCUGGCGCGUCUUUCAAGCCUCAAAAUCAAGUGACCAAUCCGAUGACCGGAGCAAUGUCCUAUCCCAGUUCCAUGAGUGUAGUGUCCAGUGCGAAUCAAGUUGUGAUAACCACAUCAAACAGCAAUGCACUUACCUCACAUGUCGGGUCUAACACGGGGAACGUUUAUCUGAGCACUGGUUCCAUCGGCAGCAACCCGACACGGGUGUUGAUCCUGAAGAAGAAUAGCACCUCGUUCAAUAAUUGCAAUCCAUCACAAACCUCGAUGGGAAUGAUCCAAUCUAGUGUGGCAAACACGGUUCAAAUUCAACAAAUUCCCCGACUGAUCCAAACAAGUUGUCCCAAUGUGAUCCAGACUGUGCCCACGCCCACGUCGUACCCCCCUCUAUCCGUGAUACCAAGAUCCACAUCCGCAGCCUCAUCUUCGUCUUCAAGCUGUGGCAGUCAGAACUUGUCGGCUUUCGCCAAAGAGCUCCUUGUUUCAGAUAAUGCACAUCCCAUGCUCAUCAAGCAAGACCCUGUCAUGAUGUCAACUGACCGAGAGGAUCACGAACUUAUGUUGCCAGAUGCCUUACAUCUGUUCGAAGGAACAAACUUGGAUCACGGUGGGGAUGCAAUCCACCUUUCGAUUGACGAUAUUGCCAGCUAUGCGCAACCCAUUGUCACCGCCGAUGGAAGUCAGGCUAGCUUCGACACCUCGAUUGAAACGGCAAGCUUCUUGAGUGGAACAGAUGCCUUGGAUAUUGCAAGUGAGACCACCAAUGGAACAGCUUCACUGAGUAUCCCGGAAAUUCGGAGCGAGAGUGGAACUCCAUCUUUGCCUGACGAGGGUGAAUUUCCAUGUGGUCAGUGUGAGAAAAAGUUUGGCAACCGUCGAAAUCUCUUGUCGCACAUGCGAAGGCACACUGGGGAUUAUAAGUUGUUCUGCCAGGAAUGUGGAAAGGGAUUCUUCACUCAAUCCAAGCUGGAUUCCCACAAGAGAAAGCAUACCGGUGAAAAGCCCUUUCGAUGCUUAUUCCAAACCUGCUUGAAGCGAUUCCGGUACAAGGGUGAUCUUUCCAAGCACAUCAAACGCUACCAUCCCGGCCACACCCAGAAUCUAGUCCAAAUUCCACUCCAGGACGAUGAGUUAGUAACAAUUCAACAAAGCAUGGCCAACACAGCAAUGAAGAGUUCAACGUCGAGCAUGGCAAUAAAGAGUUCAUCGCUGAACACCCCUUCCACAAUAACAUCAAGUGUGGUGCCCUCUCCUGGACCCUCGAAAGUGACAUUUGUGAACACCACACCGAUUCAAUCCACUAAUUCCACUCCACCUCCCAGUAACAGCCUCUUCUUUCCAUUGCUGCCUCAGCAUCCAGUCAAACCUUCCGAGUUGGAAACCAUGAGUAAUGGGUCAAAUUCGACGUCCUCUUCCAACCACGCUCUCUUGCACCACCAACACAGCAGUGACGAUAAUGACCCAUCUCUAGAUGAAAACAUAAUCGCGAUGUUAGCGGCCGAUGACGAUCAUGAAUCCUCGUCGAUAGGAGAGAUGUCGGGAUUCCAUUCACCUUCCCCCAACGCAUCCGUGGAUUCGUUCAAAACUUCAACACCGAUCUUACACAAUGUUUUGACAAAAGGGGCUAAUACCAUCAAAAACGAGAUGCGGAAGGACCAGGAGCAUCAAUUCCAUCAAAAAGUUCCGAACCACUUGCAUGAUCAACAGCAGCAACAACCUCAACAGCAAAACCAUAUACAAAUCAUUCCGCCUCGAAACCAAGUCAUUGUUUCGCACCAGAAUCAAGUGUCCCUUAAUCACAACCACCAUUCCCUUCAAAGCCAGAAUCAUCAAGUUGUCAGGUUCACCCAACAACCACAGCAACAACAACAGCAGCAACAACAACAACAACAGCAGCAGCAGCAGCAACAGCAGCAACAACAAUUACAGCUAUCUCGGGGUCAAGCUGUAUCCCAAACGAUGCCUUCGAUCACCGUGACGGCCACUCCGGGUGCGUCGUCUACGCCGUCUUUCUUGGUUCCUUCGGCUUCGUUGCUUAAGCCGAUCAUGCCUCAAUCCUCGCAACGAACCACACCCUCCGGGAUCAAGUUCACCCUACCAUCUGCUCCUGUGCCCUCCUCGACGUCCAUGUCCACCGCUUCUAUGGCUACACAUUCGAAGCCUGUGAUCUCACUCGUGUCUGGGAAUGGACAUCAAAGGGCGAACAUUUCCAUUAGUCCAGCUGCCUUUGUCCGAAGACCCGCCUCUCAGGCUUCAACAAAGGCCGCAAUCCUUCGACCACCUCAAACAAUGACUACGAUGAACAUCCAAGAGGUGUUAGCCAAGUCCAGACCCGUGCCAAUUGAAGAAGUUCGUCCUGAGCAAACAAAUUCGGCGGCCGCAAGUGCCAAUCACCAGCAAAACCGACACCACCACCAACAACAGCAAUCGCCAUCACCACAACAACAGCAACAGCAACAACAGCAUGUUCACCAACAUAAACUACCCCAAAUUCCAGUACAAAUUCCUCUGACAGAUCGUGCUUCCAUCUCAGCAACAGCUUUGCUGCCUGGACGACCUCCGAAGCGUUUCCAGUGUACUUCACCCGGGUGUCAACGCAGCUUUGAGAAGGCAAACCUGUUGAGACGGCACAUGAAACUUCACUCAGGCGAUUGUAAAUUUGUGUGCGAUCUCUGCAAGAAAUGCUUUGAGUCCCAAUCCAAGGUCGACGAUCAUUACCGGAAACACACGGGAGAGAAGCCUUUUGUUUGUCACAUAUGCGGCAACUCUUUCAGAUACAAAGGAGAUCGGACCAAACAUCUGAAGAACUUGCAUCGCGUCUCCAAAAUGUCCGGAUUGAGCACCUCGACCACCUCGAGUGUGGCUUCCACGUCCUCUUCCUCCACUUCCGACGACAAAUCCGUCUUGUUCGCGGGUUUGAACCAAGACGAAACCAACUCUUCGAUCUCCUCGUUUCACUCAAAUUCGGAUUCCAUGGCCAGUGGGUCGGUUUUGGAAUCGCCCGUGAAGGUGGAGAACAUGGAGAUCAUCAACUUAAACCAAAUGCACGGCCAUCACCAUGACCAUGACGACGACCUUGAUCAUACCAUGGAUGACUUUCAUGAGACGGUUACAAUGUCUUUGGACGAGGUCGUUCAAUUUGCCCAACCAAUUGUGACUGAUUAUAUCUAGCCCGAAAUCAACGAAAACGAACGAGAGAAAUCCCAGUGUAUAACAGCAUCCCCAAGGAACGAGCUCUGGACUCCAAAUACUACGCGGGAUUGUGGGAGUGACCCCGAGCUAGAGUUGUCUUCGUUUUUUGUGUUGAUGUGAAACGAAAUCCCGGACCAAGGACUCGUGAGCUUAGUUCAGUUUUCUCCCAAAAAUAUUGUUGUGACCAUUCGUGCAUCAACAAAGAAUAGACUCGAGCCGCUCCCUGAGCCAGAAGACCAAUGUACAAAAUAAUAAUUUAACCUGUGUCUAUCCGCGAUGUUUAUUCCACUCUCAUCAUCAUCUUGUUUCAUCCCUGUUACGGAAGCUCUUCAAUUCCAUUUUCCCUCCCAAGCGAGUCACACCUCAACACAUUUAUCAUUGCUAUUAUUAUUGUCCUUAAUACUAUACUGCUACAGCUUCUGUUCUUCUUAUACUACCCAUACAAAUAUUACUACUACUACUGCAACCACUACUACUGCUACUACUACUACUACUACUAUUACUCCUCCUAUUGCAACAACAACGGCAAUUUCUAUUAUCAAUAUAAUUACUUCUACUACUACUACUACUACUACUACUACUACUACUACUACUAAUGUAAUCCUCGUACUUACAACUCCAAUCAUGAACAUGUUAUCAAUACAAUUCAAUGCCAACAAAACAAUAUUUUGCUCGCUCCAACUCUACCACGCCCCUACUAUUGCAAAAAAGGACAGCCCAUCCACACCUACAAAUGAAGUUGCUCCGCCUCACCCCUAUAAUAUUGUCAACACUAAUAUUAUCACGACACGAUACAAAUUCUCUUGACGAAGUAGACUUCGAGAUUGUAAGGAGCAGUAAAAGAAUUAUACACGGAACUGUAAAAUGGUUGUAGAAUCAUUGUUGAAUCAUAUUGAACAGAGCAAAUCCCAAAAUAAAUGUGUUUAUGUAACAAA